AUGGCGAGAGAACCCCAGAAACAGAAAGUGCCCGGCGCCAUUCCUGAACCCGGCGCACUGCACGAUAACACUUGGUACAACCAGGAUUUUCACGGGUAUCGUGUCACCGAACAACCCCUGUUUGAAAAACGGCGCCUUCGACUGAUUUGUGUUGGUGCCGGUGCUUCUGGAAUCCAGCUUGCCUACAAGGCUGAACGGCUCCUUAAGAAUAUCGACCUCCAGAUCUAUGAGAAGAACUCGGAAAUCGGUGGCACCUGGCUGGAAAAUCGCUAUCCCGGCUGCACUUGCGAUAUUCCGUCUCACUCCUAUCAGCUUACUUAG